CCAGUCUGCGCGGAGCGCUGGGGGCGGGUGGCGGCGGCGGCGGCGACAACGACGACGGCACCGCGUCUGAGGGAGCGGACUCUGCGCAGCGGCCGAAGGGCCCGGCGGUCUGGCAGGCAUAGAGGAGGACUGAAUCCCAUCAGUUCCUGUGCCUUUUGGAGGUUCUACCAGGAAAUAUAUGUGGGGCUGCUUCCAUGAUUUCCUGAUUGACAGUGUAGGCUUCAGCUUUCUCAGAUCUGUUUUAUGAGUUACCGUGUCUGCCGCCCCUUUGAAAAACGAGGCUUGGGAAAUACAUCAGUGAACAAAGACAAGCAAGGCUCCAGUCCUCUGAAGUAUAUUCAGAAAUGGAACAAGAACCCCAAGAUGGAGAACCUAUUGAAAUUAAGAUCAUCAAGGAAGCAUACAAGAAAGCCUUUGUAUUUGUUAAUAAAGGACUGAAUACAGAUGAAUUAGGUCAAAAGGAAGAAGCAAAGAACUACUAUAAGCAAGGAAUAGGACACCUGCUUAGAGGAAUCAGCAUUUCAUCAACGGAUCCUGAAUACACAGGUCCUGAGUGGGAAUCUGCUAGGCAGAUGCAACAGAAAAUGAAAGAAACACUACAGAAUGUACGUACCAGGUUGGAAAUUCUGGAGAAGGGUCUUGCCACUUCUCUACGGAAUGAUCUUCAGGAGGUGCCCAAGUUGUAUCCAGAAUUUCCACCUAAAGACAUGUCUGAAAAGUCACCAGAGCCUCAGUGCUUUAGUUCACUUCCUCAACACAGUGAAGUAAAUGAAAGCACUUCAACUGCAAGUGCGGAGUCAAGUAGUACACCUGCUACUUUGUCCUUGCCGUGUCAGAGUCGUCCGUCCGAAGCACCUCCUGCUUACACUCCUCAGGCUGCUGAGGGUCACUACACUGUAUCCUAUGGAACAGAAUCUGGGGAGUUCUCGUCAGUUGGGGAGAACUUCUAUAGGAAUCACUCUCAGCCACCACCUCUUGAGACCUUAGGGCUGGAUGCAGAUGAGUUGAUUUUGAUACCAAACGGAGUACAGAUUUUCUUUGUAAAUCCUGCAGGGGAGGUUAGUGCACCUUCAUAUCCUGGGUACCUUCGAAUCGUGAGGUUCUUGGAUAAUUCUCUUGAUACCUUUCUAAAUCGUCCUCCUGGAUUUCUCCAGGUUUGUGACUGGUUGUAUCCUCUAGUUCCUGAUAGGUCUCCAGUUCUUAAAUGUACUGUAGGUGCCUACAUGUUCCCUGAUACGAUGUUACAAGCAUCAGGAUGCUUUGUUGGGGUCGUUUUGUCAUCUGAAUUACCAGAAGAUGACAGAGAACUCUUUGAGGAUCUGUUAAGACAAAUGUCUGACCUUCGGCUCCAGACCAACUGGGACCGGGCAGAAGGAGAAAAUGAAUUCCAGAUCCCUGGGAGAUCAGGAUCUGCCUCUGACCAGUUGAAGGAAGCCAGUGGCACUGAUGUGAGACAGCUGGACCCAGGCAGUAAGGAUGUGCGUCAUAAGGGAAAACGGGGGAAAAAGACCAAAGGUACUUCAAGUGAAGAAGUUAAUCUGAGUCACAUUGUGCCCUGUGAGCCAGUUUCAGAAGAGAGAGCAAAGGAGUUACCUGAGUGGAGUGAGAAGGUGGCUCACAACAUUUUGUCAGGUGCUUCCUGGGUGAGCUGGGGUUUGGUCAAAGGUGCUGAGUUUACUGGCAAAGCCAUCCAGAAAGGAGCAUCUAAACUCCGAGAACGGAUUCAACCAGAAGAAAAGCCUGUGGAAGUUAGUCCAGCUGUGACCAAGGGACUUUAUAUGGCAAAGCAGGCGACUGGAGGAGCAGCCAAAGUCAGUCAGUUUCUGGUUGACGGAGUUUGUACUGUGGCAAACUGUGUUGGAAAGGAAUUGGCUCCACACGUCAAGAAGCACGGAAGCAAACUUGUUCCAGAGUCUCUUAAGAAAGACCGAGAUGGAAAGUCUACCCUGGAUGGUGCUAUGGUUGUAGCAGCAAGUAGUGUUCAAGGAUUCUCAACUGUCUGGCAAGGAUUGGAAUGUGCAGCUAAAUGCAUUGUUAACAAUGUUUCAGCAGAAACUGUACAAACUGUCAGAUACAAAUAUGGGCAUACUGCAGGAGAAGCUACGCACAACGCAGUAGAUUCUGCCAUCAAUGUUGGUGUAACUGCCUAUAAUAUUGACAACAUUGGCAUCAAAGCAAUGGUGAAGAAAACUGCAAAACAAACAGGACACACACUGCUUGAGGACUAUAAAAUCAUUGAUAAUUCUAAGGGGGAAAAUCAAGGAGGAGGAGCAAGUGCAAACAUAAAAGGGGAGAAAGAUGAGCAGAAAGGGGGACCAGAGAAGAACGGGGCAAAGAAGAAAGAUAAGUGAUGGAAGUGCUGUGCAUUGCCUAUACCAAAGCCUUACAGACGGAUGCAAUUUUGUUAAAUAGGCUAAUGUGGUAAUCCUCACAGGUUAACCAGGAUUUUUAAAAUGUAUUCAUUCCUACAAAGUGACUAUUUCAUAAGCUUUAUGUCAUGUAUUCUACUUCUGUGGAAAAGAAUCAGUAUUCUUGCAUCUGAUCUUUAGAAAUAUAGUUAACAUUCUCUGUGAAUUUAUUUUUUUCUAAAUGUGGCUAAAAUAUUUUUGCAGUUAAGAAAAGACUAAUAAUAGAUGUGCUAUAAACCUCAUUAAACCUAAUGAUAAUCUAUUUUUGUAUUUGCUGUCUUUGAGAAAGUGAAGUAGGAAGUUAUUGUAUUCACAUAUACAUAAAAUUGGCACUUCGUAACCUUAGUUCUAUGUGUACUGGGAAGGAAUUACUUAAAAUGUUUCCUCUUUUUGCACUAAUUGUGGAUUUUUUUUAGGGUGCUUGUCAGAAUUGUCAGUAUGUAAGCUAAACAAAAACUGUGAUCCUAAAUGAAAAGAAUUCUUGCAUGACAUUUAAAUGACUUUUUCAAAACAAGGAAUAGACUAAUCAUGAAAAUUAAAAUGAGUUUCUAUAAAAUAAUAUGGUAGCUUACCUCUUUGUUAGAAAAUGGGACAGUCUUUUUGAUUUUAAAAGAAUACAAACAGAUUUUUAAGUCUUCUAGAUUUAUACUGUUACUGAUAUAUUAGGAACCUAGGAAAUUUGGGACUGUGGUUGGUAUUGUAACAAUUUAAAGUGAUUAUUAUCAGCUUAAUUGGACAAAAAUGUAAUCACUUCUACUGUAAGUUUUUCCAAAAGGCUAAAAUUUAGUGAAAACUAAAAUAUAAACAGUUGAGUUAAUGAGUGGUAAAUAAUUUUUAUUUUGGGAUUCAGUCAUUAAAAUUGUAUAUACUAAAAAGCCAAUGAAUUAAAUUAUUAGAAAGGUUUUAUUCAUAGUUCAGAUAAUUCAGACUUUAGGCAUCUAUCCAUCAUGGAUGGCAUAACUGUGUCUUUUUUGGCAGAAGACAGGAUAUUCACAGACCUGUAAGCUACAAACAUGUAAUUAAAAUAGCUAGUGGCAUUUUAUUUUUGUUUCUUGAUUUUAAAAGAUUGGCAUUGGUUUUCAUACUAUAGUCCAUUCUGAUAUUUCUGAACCUCCAAUUGCUAUUUACUUUAUUAGACUUUAUUUGAAACUAGAGUGCACUUUGUGAAUAAACUGUCUUUCAUUUACGUGGCCUCAAAUGUAUUCAUGGGCUUGUAUUUCAGGAACACAGAAUUGGAGCCUUUUCCUAGGGCCAAGGAUAAUGUUCUAUUUGAAAUGGAAAUAAAGUUGAAUUAGUAAAUA